AUGGGCAUCCCUGAUCAGAGUAUCCCCUCAGCACCUUCAGAGGACAUGCGGUCCACUGAGGGACACACUCCAGAGGAGGUCGACGUCGCUAUGUUGGGUACUGAUACGAUUCUUCACACGGAGAAGGGGGAGUACGCGACUUACCGCCAUAUGUACCUGAUACCCCCACUGACAGGUAUCCGUACUCCUGCGAGGAGGGCUGCUAGUGCAUCAUCGUCCGCUCGAGCCUGGGCUGCAGAUGCUCCUUCGACUAGCAGGACUCCCAGCGAGUAUACUGAGGGGUUACUCAGGUUGGUGGCCUCACUCGAGGACAUGUUUCUGCGGAGAGAGACGCAGCUGUUCAUCGCUGGUGUUUCGCGAGACCGGGAAGAGAGGAAUGGAAAGGACAGAACCCGAGAGCGAGACCGGGAAGAGAGGAAUGGAAAGGACAAAGACCGAGAGCGGGAUCGGGAAGAGAGGAAUGUAAAGGAUAGAACCCGAGAGAGGGAUCGGGAAGAGAGGAAUGGAAAGGACAGAACCCGAGAGCGAGACCGGGAAGAGAGGAAUGGAAAGGACAGAACCCGAGAGCGAGACCGGGAAGAGAGGAAUGGAAAGGACAGAACCCGAGAGCGAGACCGGGAAGAGAGGAAUGGAAAGGACAGAACCCGAGAGCGAGACCGGGAAGAGAGGAAUGGAAAGGACAGAACCCGAGAGCGAGACCGGGAAGAGAGGAAUGGAAAGGACAAAGACCGAGAGCGGGAUCGGGAAGAGAGGAAUGUAAAGGAUAGAACCCGAGAGAGGGAUCGGGAAGAGAGGAAUGGAAAGGACAGAACCCGAGAGCGAGACCGGGAAGAGAGGAAUGGAAAGGACAAAGACCGAGAGCGGGAUAGAGCUAGAGACAAAGACAAAGGAAAGGACCAGGAUCGAGACAUAGAUAGAGACAAAGAGAGGGACUGUGAUAGGGAUAAGAGAGAGCAUAAACCUGACAAUGAAAGGGAGAAGGAUAAAGAGCAAGAGCGGUCACGUAGAAGUAUAAGCCGUCCAGAAAUGCAUCGGGAUGAGCAAGUUAGAGAGAAGAGUUGGGACGGGGAGUUCAAAGAAAGGGAAAGGGAGAAGGAAUUUAGAGAACGGGAUCGAGAAAACAGGCGAUAUAAAGAGAAAAAGGAAGAAGUGGCAGAGCCAGAGGUUGAUCCUGAACGGGAUCAGCGAACUGUUUUUGCUUAUCAGAUAUCUUUGAAGGCAGAUGAAAGAGAUGUGUAUGAUUUCUUCUCACGGGCUGGCAAGGUGCGAGAUGUACGCCUUAUAAUGGACCGCAAUUCAAGACGUUCCAGGGGAGUUGGGUAUAUUGAAUUUUUUGAUUCAAUGUCAGUCCCCAUGGCAAUAGCACUCUCUGGUCAGCUACUUGUUGGUCAGCCAGUGAUGGUUAAACCAUCAGAAGCUGAAAAGAAUCUGGUUCAGUCUACUACAUCUGCAGCAGGUGUAGCAGGUGGGCUUAUAGGCCCCUAUUCAGGGGGAGCUAGAAGGCUUUAUGUUGGCAAUCUGCAUUUCAACAUAAAAGAAGAUCAACUUCGUCAGGUAGAAAUAUUUUCUAGUUGGGGAUUUUCUGUUUUUUGUUAAAAAAAAAAUAAUUUG